AUGGGAGCACCGGGCUCGGGAGCACCAGGUACUACUGGAGGAGGUGGCGGAGGAUUCGGAGGGUACGGGGGUGGCGGUGGUUAUGGGGGCGGUGGAGGUUAUGGAGGUGGAGGUGGUUAUCAACGUGAAGAUUAUGCUUACGGCGGCGGUAGUGAAGGUGAUAAAAUUGUGUUCAUUGAGCAAUCAGCGACUCCANUGGUGGUUACUGCGGUGGCCCAGGCGGCGCUCCUGGUGGUGUUGCAGGUGGUACUGACAAUGGUCCAAGGAUGCGCGCAGAUGUGUCUUGUUAUUUGGGACCUCGAUAAAAUGCGAUUAUCCGCACCGUCAAAAAAUGGCAACUGA